AUGGACUUCAUUUUACUCAAGAUAUUUCUGAUGCAUACAAGCAUCUUCAUAGGUGUCUUACUGAUUCUGUGUGCCUCCAUCUAUAUGCUGUGGCCUUCAGUGUUCCUUACAAUCUUUAGAUGGUACCUUUGUUGGAGAAAUGGUUUAAAAGUGAGAUAUGCGCAACAUGAGGGCUACAAGUUCUGCUACUUCUCCAGAGGGAAGCCUGGCUUUGAUCCAUCCAUCCUGAUGCUGCAUGGGUUCUCACUCAGCAAGAGCAUGUGGUUAUUGACACUUGAAUAUUUGCCAAAGGACACGCACCUGAUCUGUGUUGACCUGCCUGGACACGGGGAAACCACGUGUUUGCCUGGAGAUGACUACACACCAGUUGAUCAGGCUAAACGGCUACACCAGUUUGUUGAGUGCACUGGCCUGAGCAGAAAGCCUUUCCACCUGGUCGGCCUCUCCAUGGGCGGGAUGGUGGCUGGGGUUUACGCCGCUCUCUACCCGUCGGACGUCUGCGCCUUGUCCCUGCUUUGCCCAGCAGGGGUGAGGAAUCCAAAGGAUAACAAGUUUAUUACUCACUUGAAGGAGCUGGAGGAGAGCCACAAGCUUGUUGGCAACAACCCUCUCAUUCCUCUCAACGUGCAGCAAGGAGUAGAGCUUUACAAACUCUCGGUAUACCAUCGCUGCAGGAUAUCCAAGCAGUUCCUAAAGGCAUUUCUCAAACAACGGGAACAAGAGAACAAAUUUUACGAAAAAUGUUUUUCAGACUUCACCACUGAGAAGACCAGGUAUAGUCUUCAUGACCACAUGAGCAAGAUCACAGCUCCGACCCAGAUCAUCUGGGGGAAGAACGAUCAAAUACUGGAUCCAUCUGGAGCGGAAAUUUUAGCCAGUGGUAUUCCAGAUACUCAAGUGCACAUGCUGGAGAAAUGUGGGCACUGCAUAAUAUUUGAUUGUCCCAAGAAAACCGCAGAGCUCCUCUUGGACUUCUACAAUUCAAAUUGUGCCAUGAAGAAUAAGAUCCUGGCAUGA